AUGUCUGAACACAACCGUGCACCUAGUUGCGAAACCAGAGAGCAUGGAAAUGCAGUCGUUUUUCGACCACGUCAUGAGCUCCAGCUCAAACUACCCGAUUCCAGUUUGACCGGUUGA